AUGCUUCAUCACAACCAACCCCGCCGCACGUUCACUCUCACCGCAUUCAACUCAACGAAUACCGAUGAUGAUGAUGAUGAUGAUGAUGCCCGUUUCCUAUAUGAGCCUCUUGAGGGAGUCGAAAGAUUCGAGAACUAUCGACCAGGGGGGUAUCACCCCAUACAAAUCGGAGAUCACUUUCACAGUCGAUAUGGAGUUGCUGAUAAGUUGGGACAUGGGUCUUAUUCAACUACAUGGCUGGCCCGUGAUGAACAAUCCAAUAAAUAUGUUGCAAUGAAAGUUUGUACAGCAAACUCAAACCCAAAGGAAGUGGACAUUAUAUCCACUCUCAGUCUUCCUCGUUCUUCUCUAGUCAACGAUCUAGGAAAGACGAUGAUCUCUUCGAUUCUAGAUAGGUUUACCAUUCACGGCCCCAAUGGCAGUCAUGCUUGCUAUGUUACAGCGGCGGCGAGGGUUAGUCUCUCCGGUGCAAAAGAUGGUUCGUGGUAUCGAUUAUUCCAGCUUGACGUUGCCCGGUCAUUAGCCGCCCAACUUGUCCUUGUUGUGGAUUAUGUGCAUGCCCAAGGAAUUGUCCAUGGGGACGUUCACCUAGGCAACAUUCUUCUGAAAGCUCCGCCUAAUUUUGACCAGCUCUCAUUCGAACAAUUACAUGAGAAAUAUGGAACACCAGAACUACAGUCUGUCGUUCGUCUAGAUGGCAAUCUAAAUGGCAAUUCGCUUCCUCCUGGUGUCCCAUCCCACGGUGUUACACCCAUGUGGCUAGGGGAAGCGAGUGAGAAAAUCACACUUGCAGAAGCCAGGAUUUUGCUUAUAGACUUUGGCGAAGCCUUUUCACCCUCAAAUGAACUGAAAUACGAAUCUCGAACCCCCCUUGUCAUCCGACCCCCCGAGGCUCGAUUUGAACCAAAUAAACCCCUAUCUUGCUCAUCAGAUAUCUGGACUCUUGCCUGUACCAUAUGGUCUAUCAUCGCUCAACGGCCAUUGUUUGAAGGAUUUUUCGCGACUGAGAACGAUAUGACCUGUGAGCAUGUCGAUACUCUUGGUGUUUUGCCACCUGAAUGGUGGAGCAAGUGGGAUGCGCGAUAUGAUAAAUCUACUGAGGAUGGUACGCCAAUAAAUCGGGAAUAUUUCCGAUCUUGGGACGAUCGGUUUGAGGAUAGUGUGGAACAGCCCAGGCGUAAAAAGGGAAUCCCGUCGUUUGAUAAAAAGGAGAGGGACGCUAUCUCCGACAUGCUACGGCAGAUGCUCUCAUUCAGACCCGAGGAUCGUCCCACUACCAAGCAAAUUCUGGAGUCAGAAUGGAUGGUGGAAUGGGCUCUGCCUGAAUAUAGCAAGAUUCAAAAUAAUGUAUGA